AUGGAUGUGAAGCCCGUGCUGACCAAAUGCGCGGGGAAGCGGUGGGAAAGCAUCGGUUCCGCAUCAACAACCUCUCCACCGCAGCCGGCCACUUCUCACCCACAACCAGCCACCUCGCACCCACACCUAUCCGAUUCAGCGAAUUCCGACUCUGAAAGCAGCAAACCAAGCCGAUCUCUCCUGUCCAUUUUCCAGCGGGCGAAAGUUGGUGGUGGUAGCACCAGCACUGGUGGUGGUAGUCCUGCUCGCGGGACUGCUGGAGCCUCGGGAGGAGCAGCCUCGGGAGGAGCAGCCGCAGGCAAGAAGAAGGAAAGCAGAUCGCCGGAGAGUAGCAAUAGUCAUCCGUACGGGGACGCGCGAAAGAUCAGCAACCGCUACUGCGUCUGGGACGAUCGGCAGAAGGUCUGGUACCGCUUCGAGGGCCAAAGCAGAGUGUACUGGAAAGUCGCAGCUGGCAAAUCGCCUCAGGAGGGCGAAUGGGUCGCACUGCCUUAUGAAGACGAACGACCGAAGGUGGACCUGGUCAGUAAACCGGGUUUCAACGCGCCUGUACGAAGCUCCACGCGUGGCAUUAGUCGGACAGCAAGCGGAGACGGCGGCGCGGGGAAGAGCAGCGCGGGUGCGGAGGACGGGGAGAGGCGGAGGCGGCCGGAUUCUAUGUCAGGCGGGGGUCGGGGGGGUAGUGACUCCGCCAACGCGUGGAGUUUCGUGAAGGAGCAGGAGCUUACGACGGACACGGAGCAGGAGCUGAAGGCGCUGCAAGCAGGCCCGGACCCCAGCCUCGCGUCCUUGCAUGUGUCCAAGUCCUUUCCGCCGGAGGUGGGCAAAGCAGCAGCGGCGAGCGCGGCAGGCGCGGUGGGGGGGAGGGGGAACCUGGGGAACCUGCAGCCGCUGCCAGUCGCGCCCCCUACCGUGCCAUCUGGCGCGUCUUCUCCGCGCAGCGGCCCCUCCACGCCGCCUGAACCAUCAGCCAUGGGAGCUGCAGGAAGAGGAGGAUUAGGAGGAUUAGGAGGAGCAGGAGGAUUAGGAGGAGCAGGAGGAGCAGGGCUGUACGGUUCUUCCCCUUCGAAACAGCCGUUGGAGCACAGGUCUCCCCAUCCGCACACCGUGUCGCCAGACAGACGGGGUCAAGCCUCCAACCCCCUGCCCCUCCCUCCCGCCAGACAAGUAGGCGCGCUGGGCUCAGGACCAAUGGCCGUGAGAAUGGAAGCACCGGCGCCAGGUGUAGGCCCAGGUGUAGGGUCAGGUGUAGGGUCAGGUGUAGCAGCAGCACCAGGGCCUGUCCGCGCGCUCUUCCCCGUGCAUUCCUCCCCUUCCCGGGACCUCGAAGCCGUUUCUGUGAACCAUCCGCCGUCUCACGAGGCUCCGCCGUCAAUCCUCGUAGGUCGAGGAGCAGCAGGGGGCGUGGGCGGUGCUGCUGCUGGUGCUGGUGGCACCGGUGGUGCUGGCGGGUUUGGUCGUGCUGAUGGUGGGUUUGGUGGUGGUGAUGGCGGUGGGUUUGGCGGUGGUGGGGGAAGUGGGGGUGUUAGUCCUCUCGCGCGAGGGAGGUCCGUGUCUACAUCUGGAGCGCCCGGUGGCGGAUCUCAGGGGCACAGCCCGCGGACUCCCGCGCCCUCUCCUAUGGAUGGAGCUGUAGCAGCUGUAGCAGCUGUAGCACCUGUUGCGUCCGCUUCAGCUGGCACUUCGCCGUCUGGCCGCCACAGAAUGUCCCCGCCAGCAGGAGUGCCCUUUGGUGCUCCGCCUGUUGCCGGGAACCCUGCUGCGUUGAAUCGGCAAGGAAGUGGAGGGGUGGGUGGGGGAUUCGGAGGAGGGAUGGGCGGGAAUAUGGGCGGAGGAAUGGGAGGAAGCAUGGGCGGAGGAAUGGGAGGGAACAUGGGCGGAGGUAUGGGGGGAGGAAUGGUCGGAGGAAUGGGGGGCAACAUGGGCGGUGGUAUUGGGGGAGGAAUGGGCGGAGGAAUGGGGGGAGGGAUGGGGGGAGGACUGGGCGGAGGAAUAGGGGCAGGAAUGGGGGGAGGAAUGGGCGGAGGGAUGGGCGGGGGCGGAAUGGGGGGAGGGCUGAUAGCAGGAGGAAUGACGCCACCAGGGGGCAUGAUGACGCCACUAGUAGGAGGUAUGGCAACCCCACCCGCUAGCAGCUCCAAGCUCUCAACUCGAUCUGCAUCCCCCUUCCGAAUCAAACCUCUCGUGCCCAAGCUCGAGCCCCUCCCAAUCUCCACCACCAAAUCCCCCGUUGCCUCCCCCAGAGCCGCCACAGACAGGCCGCCGCUGCCCUUUGAACCUUCUCAGAACCCACAGAAUCCGAUGUUUCCCAAGUCGGCAAGCCAAACGUCCACCCCCGGCCAAGUGUCGAGAGUCGGCUCGAUGAAUGAUGGGCACGGGAGGGAUGUUAACGGGCUGCCCGGAGGAGCAGGGUUCGGGCAGCAUUUCGGGCAGCCGCAGCCAGGGCAGCAAAUAGGUCAACAGUUUGGGCAGUCAGGGCAGCAAUCAGGGCAGCAGUUGGGGCAGCAAUCAGGUCAGCCGUUUGGGCAGCAGUCAGGGCAGCAGUCAGGGCAGCAGUUAGGGCAGCCGUUGGGGCAGCAGGUGCAGCAGCAGCUGGGGAGAGAAGGCAUGCUUCCCUGGCAGCAAUUUCCCAAAUCAUCCAGCCAGGCGUCCACCCCUGGAAACCUCUCCAGGGGAGGUUCCACUAACGAGGGCUCCAUGCUCGUGCCUCCAGGUGGCUCUCCUAUAGUCACAGCAGCAGGCGCUGGAGCAGAAGGUGCUGGGGAUGAGGAGGGGGACGGGUGGGUGCCUCAGAGGGGAAGGUGGAAGAAGGGCAGCAGGAUAGGGUCGGGAGGAUUCGGGUCCGUGUACAAAGGAAGCGACAUCGAUACAUCACGUGUGUUUGCGGUCAAGGAGGUCAAUAUCUCGGACCACAACUCUAUCUCUCAGCUCGUGCAGGAGAUCGAUACUUUGAAGAAAAUGCGUCACAAGCGCAUCGUCCGAUACCUGGGCUCGGAAACUGACGACAAGUGCAUGUAUCUCUUUCUCGAGUACAUGGACACAUCGCUCUCUAAGUACCUGGAGGACUUUGGCCCCUUGGAGGAGCACGGCUUGUCACACAUUCUUGUGUCUCUCCCCGCCUUCCCUCUCCUUCCUUCUUCUCCUCUCCCUCCCCAGGACAACAAGUGCAUGCACCUCUUUCUCGAGUACAUGGACACAUCCCUCUUCAAGUAA